CGAGAGAGAGAGAGAGAGAGAGAGAUCAGGCAGCGAUGGCAGAAUCAAAGGUGAUGGUGCACUCUCCCAUGGUUACCUACAUAUCUAUGCUCUCCCUCCUUACUCUCUGCCCUCCUUUCGUUAUUCUCUUAUGGUACACAAUGGUGCAUGCAGAUGGCUCUAUUUCUCAGACUUUCACUUACCUCAGGCACCAAGGUCUGCAAGGAUUAAUUGACAUUUGGCCCAAACCCACUGCUACUGCAUGCAAAAUAAUUGCAUCUUAUGCCGUCUUUGAGGCUGCACUUCAGCUUCUCCUCCCUGGUCCAAGGAUCCAAGGCCCAAUAUCUCCUGCUGGAAACAGGCCUGUGUAUAAGGCAAAUGGUGUGGCUGCAUAUUUGGUGACAUUGAUUACUUAUCUCUCCCUUUGGUGGUUUGGGAUUUUCAACCCCUCAGUUGUCUAUGAUCACUUGGGAGAAAUAUUUUCAGCACUCAUUUUUGGGAGCUUCAUCUUUUGUAUCUUCUUGUACAUUAAAGGUCAUGUUGCACCAUCUUCUGCAGAUUCUGGUUCGUCAGGGAACAUAAUAAUUGAUUUCUACUGGGGUAUGGAGCUGUAUCCUCGCAUUGGCAAGAACUUUGAUAUAAAGGUUUUCACAAACUGCAGAUUUGGGAUGAUGUCCUGGGCAGUUCUUGCUCUCACCUAUUGCAUAAAGCAGUAUGAAGCAAAUGGAAGGGUGGCUGAUUCCAUGCUUGUAAAUACUAUAUUGAUGCUGGUAUAUGUCACAAAGUUCUUUUGGUGGGAAGAUGGAUACUUCAACACAAUGGAUAUUGCACAUGAUCGAGCUGGUUUUUAUAUAUGCUGGGGAUGCUUGGUGUGGGUUCCAUCUAUAUAUACUUCUCCCGGCAUGUACCUAGUAAAUCAUCCUGUGAAUCUUGGAAUUCAGCUUGCUAUCUCUAUCCUUGUAGCAGGCAUUAUGUGCAUAUACAUCAACUAUGAUUGUGACAGGCAAAGGCAAGAAUUUCGGCGAACAAAUGGCAAGGCCUUUGUCUGGGGUAAAGCUCCAUCGAAGAUUGUAGCCUCAUACACAACAAGUACUGGUGAGACGAAAAACAGCCUUCUUCUGACCUCAGGAUGGUGGGGCUUAUCUCGUCAUUUCCAUUAUGUACCAGAAAUAUUAGCAGCUUUCUUCUGGAGUGUACCAGCUCUCUUCAACCAUUUUCUUCCUUACUUCUAUGUGGUGUUUCUUACCAUCCUUCUGUUUGACCGAGCCAAAAGAGAUGACGACCGAUGUCGAUCAAAAUAUGGAAAAUAUUGGAAAUCGUACUGCGACAAGGUCCCUUGCAGGAUUAUACCAGGAAUCUACUGAGAUUUUGUAUGGGUUUAGAGUUAAAGACUUGUGUUUAAGCAGGGUGGGGGUGAUUUAAAACUUGAUUUUUGUUUUUUUGGUUGGUUGAAAACAUGGAGUACUUGUUUUCCUUGUUUGUUUGCUGCAUUAAGAGAACAAUGCUUCUCCUUCAGCGUAGGCUGGCGCUGGUGCUGGACACAUCCAUAUCAUCGAGUAAAAGUACCCUUCUUGCUUUUUAAGAUGGUGAAAAGUGUAUAAUAUCAUGUCUAAGGCAAUGCUUCUUGGUCUUUUGGUGAGAAUAUAAUCGUCUUUAAUUUGUUCA